CUUUCCCGCUCUGAUGCCGCUUCCGGUGUGGCGUGAGGAGAAUUUCUUCGGUGGGGAAGGUCAUGAGAAGGAGAAAUUUGUAUAGCUUUUUGUGGUGAUGUAGAAAGCAAUCAAGACUGUGGUGUAGAAGGACAUGAAAAUCAAAUUGCAAAAUGAAAAACCAAUGAAAGAAAGAGAAGAAGAAUUCAGCUCAGUUGGAGAAUAUCUGUGAACUCGAACCUCCCCCAGGAAAACUAGAGAGUGUAAAGAAAGGCAAACUAAUAAGUCUGGGGGAAAAAUUCCAGUAUAAAUUUAACUGAAACAUGAAUUGCACAAUUAGCACAGAAGAGAAACCACAUGAAUGCAUAGAAGUUGGAAAGAGCGCCAGUCAGAGUGUGAAUUCACAUCAAGAAUCCCAUACAGGGAAGAAAUCCUAUCAAUGCUUGGUAUGUGGUAAGAGUUUCACUCAGAGUGGAAAUUUGCUCUCACAUCAAAGAAGACAUACAGGGGAUAAACCAUAUAAAUGCCCAGUAUGUGCAAAGAGCUUCAGUGACAGUGGAGCAUGUACUGUCCAUCAAAGGACCCAUACCGAGGAGAAGCCAUAUAAGUGCAUGGAAUGUGGAAAGAGCUUCGGUCAAAGGUCAUACCUAAGUGUCCAUCAAAGGUCCCAUACAGGGGAGAAACCAUAUAAAUGUGUUGAAUGUGGACUAAGCUUCCGUUACACUGGAAGUUUGCGCGUACAUCAAAAAAUCCACAUAGGGGAGAAAUCAUACAAAUGUAUGGAAUGCGGAAGGAGUUUCUUGCGUAAUGACUGUUUACUGUCACAUCUAAGAACUCAUACAGGGCAGAAACCGUAUAAAUGCGUGACAUGUGGAAAAAGCUUCACUCAGAGUGGAAGUCUGAAUAUCCAUAAAAAAUUCCACACAAAAGAGAAACCGUAUGAAUGUACUGAGUGUGAAAAGACUUUCAAGUUCAUGGGAAGCCUGCGUUCCCACCAAAAGAUUCACACAGGGGAGAAGCCAUAUAAAUGUGAGGAAUGUGGAAAGAGCUUCUCUCGUAAUGGCAAUUUACAUUUACAUCAAAGAAUUCACACAGGGAAAAAACCAUAUGAAUGCAUGGAUUGUGGAAAGUGUUUCACACAGAACGCACAUUUAAAGGGACAUCAAAAAAGCCACACAGGAGAGAAACCCUUUAAGUGCAUAGAGUGUGGAAAGAACUUUGCCCAUAGUCAGAACUUACGGGUGCAUAACAACAUGCACACAGGGGAGAAACCAUAUAAAUGCAUGGAAUGUGGAAAAAGUUUCACACGGAACACACAUUUAAAGCGACACCAAAGAACCCAUACAGGAGAGAAACCCUAUAAAUGCACAGAGUGUGGAAAGAACUUCUCCCAAAGUCAAUAUUUACAGGCGCACAACAGAACCCACACAGGGGAGAAGCCAUUUAAAUGCAUGGAAUGUGGAAAGAAUUUCACACAGAAUGCAGAUUUAAAGGUACACCAAAAAAGCCACACAGGAGAGAAACCCUAUAAAUGCAUGGAGUGUGGAAAGAACUUCACCCAUAUUCAACAGUCACGGGCGCACAACAGAAUCCACACAGGAGAAAAACCCUAUAAAUGCAUAGAGUGUGGAAAGAACUUCACCCAUAUCCAGAACUUACGGGUGCACAACAGAACCCACACAGGGGAAAAACCAUUUAAAUGCAUGGAAUGUGGAAAGAGUUUUGCACAAAAUGCAUAUUUAAAGGUACAUCAAAAAAGCCACACAGGAGAAAAACCCUAUAAAUGUAUAGAGUGUGGAAAGAACUUCUCCCAAAGUCAUCAUUUACGGGCGCACAACAGAACCCACACAGGAGAGAAGCCAUUUAAAUGCGUGGAAUGUGGAAAGAGUUUCACACAGAAUGUAAAUUUAAAGGUACAUCAAAAAAGCCACACAGGAGAAAAACCCUAUAAAUGCAUGGAGUGUGGAAAGAACUUCUCCCAAAGUCAACAGUUACGGGUGCAUAACAGAACCCACACAAGGGAAAAACCAUUUAAAUGUAUGGAAUGUGGAAAGACCUUCAGACAGAGUGGCUAUCUACAAUUACAUAAAAAAACCCAUACAGAGUAGAAAGGUUAUUGAGGCAUGGAACAUUGAAGCAGCUUUAGACAGAGUCAAAAUCUACAUUCACGUAAGUCACUAAGUUACGAACAAGACAGGUUCUGUAGGUUUAGUCUUAAGUUGAAUUUGUCAAUCAGGAACAGGUACAUUUUUAAGUGUAACUCCAGUCAUAGAAUCAGAAUUGAAAGAGACCUCGUGGGCUAUCCUAUCUAAUCCCCUGCCAAAAAGCAGCCAAAUAUAUAUUUUAAGCUUUGGAGAGUAUAGGGUAGGGUUAACACUCUUGUGAGGUUUCCUUUGCUGUCUGUGCCUCUGUUGAGAAGAUUUCACCUCACUUUCUGUUCCUGUGAGAAUUGGAUUUUGAAAAAGUUGACUUGUGGAAACAAGGAUUGGAGAUCAAAGUUCAGUGGAGACACCUUUUCCCCGUGAGAACUCUUUCAGGAGUAAAUUUCCCUUCCAAGCGGUAGAUUUCUCUUAUUCCCUGUCGUCUCAUCCCUGUUUGUAACUAUAAGUCAUUUCUAAGUUAGAUGUUUGUAACUUGGAGACUGCCUGUACAUGGAAUGUGAUUCAGUCUAGAGUGGAUGGACAUCUACCUUCAGAUCAAAGAAUUCACAGGGAACUCUGACCGAGAUGGCCAACCAUUAGCUGUAUCGGCUUUGCAAGAUUUAUUACUGUUAUAGCCCAGCAGCAGUCACAGCAGUUGGGGGCUGAUCAGUUGACUUAGAGUCAGAUGGAAUUGUGGACUUUCCUGGGAUUCGUUCUAAUGGAGGCCCUGGGAGUCAUUCUCAUAGAGGGCCAGAAAAUGAAACUAUUUUAGAUAGCGAUACAGGCAUAGAUGCAGUGCCUGAGACUAAGUGCCUCUGAACCUCAAGGCCAGUCACAGGAGUUGGAGUCAAUUAGUCUAGCGAAGACUAAUUGAUGAGAAAGUCUCAUGGGAACGUUCCUGGUGAUACUGACCUAAGCAAGGAGGCAUGCUUACAGAUUUGAGCUGAUCGGCAACUUCGUAAAUCAGCAUGGCUUCGAAGCAGAAAUUCCAUGGUAGAUGUAAUGCUUUUGUGUCGGUUUACUAAGAGAUAAGGAGUGCCAUGCCAGCCACAUGACCUUGCAGGUGUCUACAGACAACGCCGGCUCUUCGGCUUAGGAAUGGAGAUGGUCACCAACCCCCAGAAUCGGACACGACUGGACUUAAUGUCAGGGGAAACCUUUACCUUUACUAACAGGCACUCUGAUCUUCAGUUCAGACAACAUGGCUUUCAAGUUGCAGUCAGGCCUGGGUUCUCUAGUUCUCUUGGUUUUGGGACUCAAGUAUUCUGAGAGUUUUUCCAUGUUCUUGCUGAUAACCGUCGUUCACGUUUUGCUUAUGGACUUAAGCUGCCUUUGGAUUCUGGAACUACUCUAGAACUGUAUUGCUUUUGGAUUUACAAGAGAAUUGAUUGCUGACCUUUUGGAUUCUACACCUUAUUAUUCCUGCUUUUACUAUAUAUCUUUUGUCUGUUUUUGCAAUAAACUGUUAGUCUCUACUCUAGAUGCUUAUGUGUGAUGCUGUGAUCAUAGGUGGCCUCAGGCCUGGAGUAUGACAAGAUCAGACAUAGAACUGAGCUGAGAACUUGCAAGAAGAAAACACUUACUUAGGCGAUCCCUCAUAGUUCGAGGAUGAUAGUCCUCCAUUUCUUGGAAGACGCCUGUGCGUGAUUUUUUAAAAAUGUGUGGAGGUCGGUCAACACACAGUCUUCACAGACUGAGGCCCCAGCAGUGGUGUGAUUAACACAAGAGUGGCUUCUCAGUCUGUUGCAGCCUUCUUCCGCCUUCACAGCCAUUGUAACAUGUACCAUGUUAUCCUCCGCCUGCUCCGCCAUUGAGGUCUUUGGGUCUUCAGAUUGUUCUUGGUCUGGAUCAUCUCCUGUGGCCACUCCUGGGAGUGUGUGACUCCUGUGGUUGUGCCCUCAGGUUCAUUGGAACAUGCAAGCCCCCUCACCACGUCAAGGUGACAUCACUGCACACAAUGAAAGUGAAGAGAACAAUAGAGAAUCCAUUUAGGUCAUUUAGACAGAACGCGCCUCCAAAUUAGUAGGUAUCUUCAACCUGUGGCCCUCUGGUUGUUUGGGUCUCGAACUCUGAGAAUCCCUCGCCAGCUUAUCGAAUGGUAAGGAAUUUUGGAGGCCAAAGUCCAAAACACUUGGGAAGACUGCAGAUGGUGCAGAUCUGAUUUACAGCAUAAUUGAUAGCCCCCACUUGGGCUUGGAACGCGCCUGAAUGUAUAUUUAUAUGUACAGUAGAGUCUCCCUUAUCCAAGCUAAACGGACCGUCAGAAGCUUGGAUAAGCGAAUAUCUUGGAUAAUAAGGAGGGAUUAAGGAAAAGCCUAUUAAACAUCAAAUUAGAUUAUGAUUUUACAAAUUAAGCACCAAAACAUCAUGUUAUACAACAAGUUUGACAGAAAAAAUAGUUCAAUACGCAGUAAUGUUAUGCUGUAAUUACUGUAUUUACAAAUUUAGCACCAAAAUAUCACGAUAUAUUGAAAAUACUGUCUACAAAAAUGGCUUGGAUAAUCCAGAAGCUUGGAUAAGCGAGGCUUGGAUAAGUGAGACUCUACUGUAUAACUAUGUAGGUUUUUUAAUGUAAGCUCUCAAUUUUAAUGUAAUUUUUAAUCUAAAUGGAUUUUCAAAUGUGAUAUAAAUUGUUUGAAUGUAUAUGUUCAUGUUGUAAGCCGUCCUGAAUCCCCUGAGGGGUGAGAAGGGCAGGGUAGAAAUGAUGUAAUAAAUAAAUAAUUUUUUGAUGGAAAGAGAGCUUGGCUGGAAAUCUGUUACCUUUGAGUGAAUGCAAAUAACUUACAUUGUAAAUAUGUGAACUCCGCCUGCCAUUAUGAAAUUGUUUGUAAAUUGGAAGUACAGUAGAGUCUCACUUAUCCAACAUAAACGGGCCGGCAGAAUGUUGGAUAAGUGAAUAUGUUGGAUAAUAAGGAGAGAUUAAGAAAAAGCCUAUUAAACAUCAAAAUAGGUUAUGAUUUUACAAAUUAAGCACCAAAACAUCAUGUUUAACAACAAAUUUGACAGAAAAAGUAGUUCAUUACACAUUAAUGCUAUGUAGUAAUUACUGUAUUUAUGAAUUUUAUGAACCAAAAUAUCGUGAUAUAUUGAAAACAUUGACUGCAAAAAUGUGUUGGAUAAUCCAGAACGUUGGAUAAGUGAGUGUUGGAUAAGUGAGACUCUACUGUAGUUCUGAAAGGGAUGGACAUUAUACUCCUCGAAAGAACUUAAGACCAAAUUUAAGUGGUUAUAGGCAGAAAAUUAGAAUUAAUCUUAUAUAUAUAUAAAAGAGUGAUGGCAUCACGGCGACCCACAAAACAACAAAACUACAGGCCCCCCCAACCUCGAAAUUUGACAACACAGCCCAUCAUCCACGCCUCUAGGUUGAUACAACAAAAAGAAAAGAAAAAUAAAGUCCUAAUUAGAGAGAGAGGAAUAAUUGCUUUUAUCCAAUUGCUGCCAGUUAGAAGGCUAAGCUCCUCCAACUUGGUCUCCUAGCAACCCAAAAAAAUAAAUAAAAAACACUAAAAAAUUAAUACAAUAAAAUACUAUAAUAACAGAAAAUAACUAAAAAUAAUACAAGAAAAUAAUAAAAUAUAAUAAAUAAAAAUAUAACUUACAAUAAAAUUGAUAAAAAAUGCAAAUAACGUCAAAUAAAAAUUUCACAACAAUUUGUAACCAAUACCACCACCACUUUGCCACAGCAACGCGUGGCUGGGCACAGCUAGUCUUACUAUAAUUGAGAUUUAAACAACUAAAAUGUGGAAAGGGAAAAAUCAAUGUAACCUUUGCAGUUAUCUGUGACCUGUUAGCGGAUUAUUCCAAAACUAUAACGUUAAAAGUUGCCAUAUUUGCAGUCGCAGCUCAAAAAAUCCAAGUCAAAUUUGUAAAGUCUGCAGCGGAGGCUAGAAAUGGAAAUGGAAACAGUUUGGGAUAAUGCAAAUCAGAUAUUGUUAUUAUCAUGCCUACGGGGAUUGUCACUGCUACUAUAGCUUGAAAGAGCUAGUUUGUAGAAUAAGUUUUAAUAUUUGUAUUGGAAAGUGUAUUUUGUACUUUUAAAAAUUGUAUGUUAUUUGAUGGUCAUGGCCUAUGGCUAGUACAAUAAACAACUCAUUCAUUCAUUCAUGUCUUCUCUGAUGCUUGCAAGGGGGUAGAAAGUGUUUUACAACAUGCCAUAAAAUACUGAAAACAUUGAGAAUGGACAGUUCGAAGUUUGACUUCGAAAUUCCAGUAGUAUUACUAUCUGAGAUCUGCAAUCGAACGUUGGAUCUGAAAUAACGUGUGAAAGACAUCCAAAUUCCAAACAGAUGAUAGAACCAAAAUUUGAUAUGUUUAGAUCGGAUAUUUUUUGUUGAAAUAUAUCGUUUUAAGAAGGUAGUUGAAAGACAUUUUAGGGAAAUCACUGUUUCUAUCAAGAAACUCUGACACCACCUCAGCCCUGUCGGCUUGUUCGCAAACUGCUUUUUUUACGUUUAAUGUUUUAACUGUUUACGAUUAUUACAUCUAUUAGUAAACGUCCUAAAUGUUUGAUUUAUAUAUUUAAGUUCCUAAUUUUGUUACUUUUGAGUUCUAUAAGUACACCUGAUGUUUACUGUUGAGGAUUUGGUCUGUUUUGUUCUGUUAUACCGGCAUUAAAUGUUUGCCGAUUUUCUGUUGUAAACCGAGUCCAAGAUAGGGCGGUAUAGAAAUAAAGUUUAUCAUGAUGAUGAUGAUGAUUAAGAAAUACAAACAGGAUUAAUCUACUUUCACACAGAGCAUAUUGCAAAUUCAAGGUAAGACUUAGAAAAUGCCCAGGAUAGACUAAUGAUGAUUAAUUUAAAAUCAAAGGCAAUCAGAUUCAGAGCUGACUAAUUUUAAACAAUUUAAAAAUCCUUGGUAGAGCUCUUCAAGCAGGCCUUUGACAAUGGCUAAGGCACCAGCUAAAUUAGAUGCCCAAAACAGAUUGUUGUUCUGCUCUCGCACUUUAAUGUUUACAUUUUAACUUGGUUCGUGGUUGGGAUGUUCAACUUGGUUUUAUAGCCCAUUUUUAACUAGAAACUACGUUUUUAUUAUUUUUAAAUUGAGUUUUUUUUUUUGUUAAUUUCUGUGUUUAUGUCAAUUGGUGUCAUUGAUAUUUAUAAAUGCUGAUGUAUUUUAUGUGCUUUGUGUAGCACCGUUAUGUGUUACGUUAGGUAGAUAAAUAAUGGACUGUUAGACAGGAUUGCAGUGACUGUAACCUCGUGUAAUACUGUUGGAAAAUACAGUUCUAAUGGACAUGUGGUCACACAUCCACUGAAGGGUUAAGUAGGUGGUGAUGUGAAACUGAGGGGACAUGGCCAUGGGACAGGCAUGACUAGUUACAUCAUUCACUGUUGUCCCUGUUUGAUGACGAAGACAAAGUUUUGUGUAAUCAAGUUUUGCCAUGUUUUUGUGACAGAACCAAUUAGGAAAUGACGUUUAUCAACCAGGAACAGAAAUCAUAGCACACCAUCAAACCACUCCUGACAGAUGCCCAUCAGCCUCAGAAUAAGGAAACCUGUUCCUGAUUUAAAAGUGUUAUUUCCUGUUUGAUUGGGUUUUUUUUGGGGGGGGGGGUUGAGAGUGUGUGACAUGCCCAAGAUCACCCAGUGGGUUUCCAUGGCUGAGAGGGGAAUUAGGCCACAAUUGUAGUCCAACUCUCAAACCACUACACUACACCAUUCUCUCUCUCUCUCCCUCCCUCCCUCUCUCUCUCCCCCCCCCUCUCUCUCAACCUCUCAAACCCUCAACAGAUGAAAACCAGGACAUCUCCUAUGGCCAACAUCCAAGUUUGGUCAAGAUGGUCAAUGUUAUUAAUAACGAAAGUGUGAGGACCAAAGGGGGUGGGGAAUGUUAAGAGGAGAGAGGAACUGGGACAUCUGGAAAAUGUAGUUUUAAAUCAGUCAUAUGGCUCCUCUGACUGUUAUCAUUGGGGAAAAUUCAGGGGCUGCUAUCUCCCUUAUUUUUAAAGCUAUUGGGGUGAAACUUGCUACAGUAGUAGGACAAAUUUACCAUGCAUCAAUGCCUGAGAAAGAGGAGCAGGGAGUCAGGACGUGUUCUUCCUUGGGAAGCCACCCAGGUGCACACUGACUUGAGAAUGGAGGAUGGGAGGUUGGAAGAUUCCCAGCUUACUAAUGAAUCUCAGCAAGUUAACAAGCAAACUGACCUUGAUGGGAUGGGCUCCUUAGAUAGAGCUGAGCGUUUGGAAUUGAGAGUGCAUCGUAGUGUAAGGAUUGCAAACAGACGGGGGGAGGUUAGAGGGCAAAGGAAUGCUUUCAUGUGUUGCAAAGAGUGAUGUGAUAAAAGAGGUGCUUUGGGGAAAAACUGUUGUCAAAGCAACUUUCUCGCAACCGGAGAAGCAAGCUCUAGUUUCCCUGCUGUGCUUUGGAUUAUAUUGCAGGACAUGUAUCUAUGUUUCUUGGAUUUUGCCAUGUUUCCUUUGGAUGUUGUUUAUUCCUGGUAAGCUCUGGACUUAUAUCUCAAGACUAUAUUUGUAACUGACUUUUGGAUGCUUUACUUUUACUUUUGAAACACUUUUGACUAUCUUUCUUUAAUAAACUACAAAGACUCAAA